AUGCUGAAAACUAGCAGUACUCGGGAAAAUCCCUUCUUUAAAUGAAUAUUUUGUAUGACUAAUUUACCCUAACUUAAAUGCAAUAAAAUUACAACUUUACCCUUUCUAAUUUUAUUAGGGCUCUUCUAUUCUUUUUCUUCUUCCCAUGAAAAUUAUUUCUGCUCGCUUCCCUCUAUCGCCGACCACCUAACCGACUAUCCUCUACCAUUGCCGGCGGCGUUACUUGAUUUCAGCUUCUGAAGCACUAAAUUCAAUUGCUCCAUGUCUAUGUCUUACCUACGCCUGAUUCCUAAUUUCAUGUCCCUGACCCCCUGUUAGUAACUGGUUGGAUAUGGAAAAACCCAACUUUCUUCAAUCUGAUUGUCAUUCAAUCUUGUCUACAAUCAAACACGAAGAGAAGCAGAUUCAGUUGAAAAGAAGGUGGUUAUUGGAUCUUCCCUCAUCUGAAGCUGGUCUUAACCAGUCUAAAAAACACAAGAUUUUGCAAACAAGGUCAUUGCCUGAAUCUUUCCUUAGGGAAGAUGAUAUAUUCUACGAUACUGUAAAAUCAUGUGUGGAAGAAGCAUUUGGAGUACGUCCUGUUGUAACAGGGAAUGAAGUUGAAGUCGAUAAAGAUGGCUUGGAAUUUCUUCACAUGCCCAAUAAUAUAACAAAGGUCAUUUUAUCAUGCGUUGAUAAUUUGACCACCAAGGGUCUUUACCUGCUUGCCGAGAUACUCACAGAAGGUCGAAUGGAGUUUGUGAAAACACGUUGGAAGAUGAAAAAGGUUGUGAGAGAAUCUGUUUCAGUCAUUUUUGGAGGCCAAAAUUAUAAUCGACCUCGUACUAUAAUGGAAAUUUCUGGACAUCUAAUUCAACUUCUUAAUGGCCCAGGAAAUUUCCAAGAUAAUCUUGUGCCAUUUUUCACUUCAAAAUCUGCAAUUCAACAGGCUGCUGCUAUGAAAGUAUUGAAUGUACUGGAGAGCUUUUCAACACAGAUUCUGAUUGCGAUGUAUAGGAAGCUAAAGGGGCACAAACGAAAGACGCCUCAGUUACUGCCCAACCGAUGUGGAUGGAAUCGAGAAUAUCUGCUUAAUCAAGUGAGAGAAGUUUGUAAGAAGAUGCUUUCAGAAAUUGGUAAAGGGGAUCAGCUACCAGAGCCAUUAUCUAAAGCCUUGGCAAUAGCAUGCUUGGCACUAAAGCUAGCACCUGGUUUUCAUAAUUCAUCCACGACAGAGUUCUGCCAACUCUCAGAUGAAAUAAAAGUUCUGCAGAAUGAGCUAAUAAAGGCUAUCUGGUUAGUUAGAACAAAUGUUGGAUUACCAGAGCUGAAAAACAUAAAGAACUUGGUGGAUCCAAAUGCUAAAGUAUCAAACAAGUCUUUGCGGAAAGCAAUAUGGAAAUUUUUAGUUGAAUACCUUGUACAGUGCAGUGAUUUGGAUUCAAUUCCAAAAUCUUUAUACAAAACUCUUUCUAUUAUAAACGGGAAAUCUCGAAGCACACCAGAAGGGUUUACGCUGAAAGAGGCAAUUGACGAAGAGGUAGAAUGCAUAUUGAAUGUUAGUGCUCAUGCAAAACAGAUUUUUUGGGAUUUGCUGCCUGCGCAUGAUUUUGAUGUUGAUUUUACUGAUGCAUAUAUGCAUGAUCUGUCUGAAAGUGACGAUGAUUGUGGUUAUGUUGAUGAUGAAACGGAGCAAGUUGAUGAUAGUAAAGUUGAAAGUACAGGGGACUUUGUACCAUUUAAUGUGAACUUGCCUACUGUUGAAGACUCUCGCUCUGUUGCACCGGACGAGAGGCCAGAACCAGAGAUCUCUACUGGUGUGGAAAAUGCUGAUUUUUCUUCUGGGACGGCAAAUGAAAUGAAUGACAAACAAACUACACAUAAGAACCAAUACAUUGGGAUCCAAGAAAUUUGUGACGAGACAAGCAUGUUUGCCUACAAUCUCAUUGGUCGAAUGAUGGAGGAGUUUGGACAAAAAGAAGGUCUGGAGAUAGAUUGGUUCAGUACUUCGUAUCUCAGAGGUGGUUGUGCAGAUAAAGAAGAUUCUCAAGAUUGCAUUCCUUCCGGCUUAUGGGCACGACCUAUUUAUCGAGGCAAAAACGGUAUGCAUUCAGUUCCUUGUAACAUUACAGAAGCUGAAGUGCAAACUUCUCCAAAAGAAUCUGUUGGGGCAACCAUUGUUAGAGUGACUGAGGAGCUUCUACAUUCUUUUCCCAAGAGUGGAAUGGAAAGGUUGAGGAAGUUGAUGGCCCUAUGAUAUCUAAUCUUGAAGUAGACACCAGAUCGAGUAUUCUUGGCUGUUGAAAUAUUAUCUUGCCUUCAUCAUCACAUUUUUGACUAUGUAGAGUUGCUAUUACGCUCAAGUCAAGAAACGAGUCAACGAUUUUUUGGUGCACAUAGGACAGGGAUGGUAACCAUUUUUGCAUUUUAGGUUACCUAUCCUAAAUUUGAGCAUUUAGCUUUGAUAUAGCAUUUUUGUAUAUAUUGAGUGAAAUUUUUUGCAUCUGUCAACUAACUUCAAUAAACUUUAGUACACCCCAGUUUCUGAUCA